CCAUAAAAACUCAAAUCAAUUCUUCACAAUGGGACAUGGUGAGAAAUCCCACCGCCCCAGUAAAAAGCACAAAUCGGCGGCCAAGGAAAUCAUCCCCGCCGAGGACUACGAGGCCUACGUCGGCGGCGAGGAGCUCGACGAUGACGUCCGCGGCGACGGUGAAGUUAAAAAGAGGGAUUUUACUAAGCUGGAAUUGAAACCUGACCACCUGAAUCGGCCUCUAUGGGCCUGCGCCGACGGUAGAAUAUUCCUUGAGACUUUCUCAGCUCUAUACAAGCAGGCAUAUGAUUUCCUCAUCGCCAUUGCCGAACCGGUUUGCAGGCCGGAGUCAAUGCACGAGUACAAUUUGACACCGCAUUCGUUGUAUGCCGCUGUGUCUGUUGGCCUUGAGACGCAGACGAUCAUUUCGGUUUUGGAAAAGCUGUCAAAGACCAAGCUCCCCAAAGAGAUGAUUGAUUUCAUACACGGUUCCACGGCUAAUUACGGAAAAGUGAAGCUUGUGCUGAAGAAGAAUCGGUACUAUGUUGAAUCUCCUUACCCAAAGGUGUUGCAGCAAUUGCUUAGGGAUGACGCCAUAUCUAAAGCGAGGAUAACUUCUGAGGGUGCUAAUGGAAAUGGUGGAUUUACAAUUAGCAAAACCUUGGGCGAAAUCGGAGCCGAUUCCAGUGGUUUGCUAAAUGAAGCAGAAAUGGCAGCUGCAGCUGAAGAAAAAACAACUCACGCAUUUGAAAUUGAUCCUACGCAGGUUGAGAAAGUAAAGGAACGUUGUUUGCCAAAUGCUUUGAACUACCCCAUGUUGGAGGAGUAUGACUUCAGAAAUGAUACGGUCAACCCUGAUCUUGAUAUGGAACUUAAGCCGCAAGCUCAACCACGACCCUAUCAAGAAAAGAGUUUGAGUAAAAUGUUUGGAAAUGGGCGAGCACGAUCUGGCAUUAUUGUGUUACCUUGUGGUGCUGGAAAAUCUCUAGUUGGUGUUUCUGCAGCCUCCCGAAUAAAAAAGAGCUGCCUUUGUCUAGCAACAAACGCUGUUUCUGUUGAUCAAUGGGCUUUUCAGUUUAAAUUGUGGUCAACCAUCCGGGACGAACAGAUUUGUCGUUUCACAUCUGAUAGCAAAGAAAGAUUCCGUGGGAAUGCCGGGGUGGUUGUUACAACAUAUAACAUGGUUGCAUUUGGUGGCAAGAGGUCUGAAGAAUCUGAAAAAAUUAUUGAAGAAAUAAGAAAUAGAGAAUGGGGAUUGCUACUCAUGGACGAGGUGCACGUUGUUCCUGCCCAGAUGUUUCGAAAGGUUAUUGCCAUUACCAAAUCACACUGCAAGCUUGGACUGACGGCCACACUUGUGAGAGAGGAUGAGAGGAUUACAGAUUUGAAUUUCCUUAUUGGUCCCAAGUUGUAUGAAGCAAACUGGCUGGAUUUGGUGAAAGGUGGAUUUAUUGCAAAUGUACAGUGUGCUGAAGUAUGGUGUCCAAUGACGAAGGAGUUCUUUGCAGAAUACUUGAAGAAAGAGAACUCUAAGAAAAAGCAGGCACUUUAUGUGAUGAAUCCGAAUAAGUUUAGGGCUUGCGAAUUUCUUAUUCGGUUUCAUGAACAGCAACGUGGUGAUAAAAUUAUUGUCUUUGCUGACAAUCUCUUUGCUCUCACGGAAUAUGCAAUGAAACUUCGGAAACCUAUGAUCUAUGGAGCUACCAGCCAUGUUGAGAGGACAAAGAUCUUAGAAGCCUUCAAAACAAGUAAAGACGUAAAUACUGUAUUCCUGUCAAAGGUGGGAGAUAAUUCUAUUGACAUUCCCGAGGCAAAUGUUAUUAUUCAGAUAUCAUCACAUGCUGGUUCAAGACGUCAAGAAGCACAGCGUCUUGGUCGUAUUCUGAGGGCUAAGGGUAAACUUCGGGAUCGGAUGGCAGGAGGUAAAGAGGAGUAUAAUGCCUUCUUUUAUUCUCUCGUGUCAACUGAUACACAGGAGAUGUAUUAUUCAACUAAACGACAACAGUUUUUGAUCGAUCAAGGGUAUAGUUUUAAGGUUAUUACUAGCUUGCCUCCACCUGAUUCUGGAGCUGAUUUGAGCUACCACCGUCUUGAUGAGCAACUGCAACUACUCUCAAAGGUGUUGUCUGCUGGUGAUGAUGCCGUUGGCUUAGAGCAACUAGAUGAAGAUGUGGAUGACAUUACCCUUCUUAAAUCACGUCGUUAUUCAGGAUCUUUGAGUGCGAUGUCAGGUGCCUAUGGGAUGGCUUACAUGGAAUAUAGUACUGGGAAAAACAAACAUGGGAAAGGACAGCUGAAGAGUAAGCCCAAGGAUCCGGCCAAGAGACAUCAUUUGUUUAAAAAGCGCUUCGCCUGAGCGCAUACAGGAUGAAGAAUAUAACAAUUUUGUAAAUUUGAGGUUGAUGCUCCUUUUGACUUUUGAAAUGAACGAGUGGUCUGUAUAUUUCUCAGAUAGCCCAGUUCCUUAUUCAAGUAUAGUUGCAGCUGCGCACAUUCCAGAAGCGUGGCUGAACUUGUAUGUCUUUAAGA